AUGAGACCCGAUUUCGCAGUCGUAUUAUUUACGCUCAUCACCUCAACGGUCGCCUCGGCCAUUGAUGGUCCCCUUCACGUCAAGCGCAUCGAAGCUGAGCCCAGCACCGACGAGUCCGAGCUGUACAAGCGUCGUGGCGGCGGCGGCGGUGGAGGACGCGGAGGUAGCAGCGGAGGUGGUGGAAAAUCUUCUGGAGGUGGGAGUUCCCGUGGCGGGAGCGGCAGCAGUGGAAGCGGCCGCUCAGGCAGUGGUUCAAGUGGCUCAUCAUCUCGUCCAGGUUCAUCAGGCAGUUCCGGUAGCCGCGGCGGCAGCUCCGGCAGCAGCUCAGGCUCUCGCGGCGUUGGCCCCCAGCCCAGCUACGGCGGCGGUCGAUACUACGCCGGAGGUUCAGCAACACCCUACAGGGCCGGCGGCCGAAGCCCCGUCGGCAGAGUCGCGCCCUUCGUGCUCCUCGGAGCUGGCCUCGCCUUCUGGCCCGGCGUCUGGCUCUACGGCGCCUAUAUGUACCCGUACUCGCACCCGUACCGCUUCCACAACGAAACAAGCGAUGAAGACGAGGAACGCGAUGUUAUUUGUGCAUGCGCGCGAUACGCGCAGUGUGCUUGCGACGACAACAACAACACUGCCUACUACGACGAGCUCAUUGGCAACGGAAGCUACCAGGCGCUCAACAAGUCAGUCGUCGAUGUCGCUAAGGUUAACGGUACCAUGACCAUUCUCAUUAACGGAACUCUACCCAACGACACCGCUCUUCCCUCAGAUGAUUCUAGCAGCGAUGACUCUUCAGACAGCGCCGCUGCCCGAACCCUCAUCGAGGCCCUCGGCUUCUGGCCCGCAGUGGCCGUAGUCAUGGCGACUGUCUUCAUCGCAUAA